UUCAAUAGCUUUUGAGAGACAAAAGACAUCUCAGCACGGAAGGAAAAUCACAUCAGAUUCAUUUUAAGAGUUUUAAAGAGAGACACUUAAACAACGCCACUUUUAUAUCAAGUUUAUCUGAUUCUGACGAACAAAAACUUAAACUCCUCACCAAUAGGAUAAACGGAAGAAAGAUCUUUGAAGGAACACAGAAGCAUGGAUUCUGUGGGAGUGAAUCAGAUUGAAACAGCAGCUUUGGGGAGACCCUUCCAGCUCGGCAUGCUGUAUGACUGCAGAAAAGAUGCAUUAAUAACAGGAAUCAGACUUUGGAAUAAAGAGCAGCUGGAGCCAUAUAUUUGUCCUUGUCCCCAAAUUAAGACAGAAUACAAUAUCAAAACUUCAGACUCCAUUCAGGACAAAACUAAAUUACUGAAUAUUGAAGGUGGACUCAAACUGAGUCUUUUAGGUGAUCUCUUAGGCGAAAUUGGUGGAGCAGCAAAAUAUCUCAAUGACAUCAAGAAGUCUUUCAAACAGCAGAGACUGACGCUACAUUAUCGUUCAACCAGCGAGUUUAAAGAACUGACUGUGAAUCAUUUGCCUUCUGAAAAUCUUCCUGACUAUGACAAUGAUAUUGCCACACAUAUAGUGACAGGAAUACUGUAUGGAGCAGAUGCUUGUUUUGUGUUUGACAGAGAAGUUUCAUCUGAUGAAGAUAAAGAAACAGUGAAAGUAGAUGUAGACGUGGCCCGAGAUAAACUGCAGGGCAUCAUUAAUGCGGGUGCAAAUGCUGAUCUAAGUGUGAAUCACAAUCAGGAAACUGAAGUAAAAAAAUUCACUUGUACAUUUUAUGGCGACUUCCAGCUACAGUCUAACCCGACCUCUUUUGAAGAUGCAUUGAAGGUUUUUGCUGAUCUUCCAAAACUUCUGCGAGAAAAACAAGACUGUGGGGUUCCACUGAGAGUUUGGCUUUAUCCUCUGGACAAACUUCACUCGAGAACUUCAAAACUUCAUAGAGACAUCAGCAUGGAUCUAAUCAUGAGGAUUGAAUCAGUGAUUGAGAGUUUAAAUACAGCUGAGAUGAAAUGCAGUGAUUUUCUGAAAGACUCUCCUGCUCGGAUGAUUGUUGCAUUUCAUGAUAAAAUACUGAAAAUGAAGCAAAACUGCUACAUGUACAAGUUGAGACUCGUGAAGAAACUCGGCUCUUUGCUGCCAAACAUCCGCGGGGACAAGAUGAAGGAAACUGCACUGAAUGAUCUUCUACAAGAAAAUGACAAAUCUCCAUUCAGAGAAAGUGAUCUUGCAGAAUGGCUGAAAGAGAGAGAAAGAGAGUCUGAGAUCAUUAAAACAACCCUCAAACAGUUGAAAGAUGUUGAGGUAAAAGACAACAUUGAUCUCAUCAAGAUGGAUCUGGAGGUUGGGAAUCUGGUCAGUUACACAUUCACAUCAUUGAACUGCUCAGAUGUGCUUCUUCAACAACAAACUGCCUAUCUGAGUCCUUCAACACAAGGAGAAACUGAUGUGAAGAGUCCUGAUUCAAAGCAAAAGUCGUGGCUCACUCCUAAUGUUGUAACGACCAUGAUAAGCAACUUGAAGAUAUUUAAGAACUUGAUCAGUUCAAACAGCAGUAAACAAGACAAGUUCAUUGUGUCAUCAAAGGAAAUGGAGAAUUAUCCUGGUUCCUGCAUUAUUCUGUACGGAAGUGAAUGUGAAGAAGCUGUUUGCUUUACUCCUCCAUCCAAACCAGCCUGUCCAAUCUCUGAAGAGGUCAAAGGUCAGAAUGUGGUUCUGAAAGUUCCUCCAUCAUGUCCUGCUACAGUGGAGCUCAGAUUACUGUAUAAACCGAAGCAGGACACAGACUGGACAUCUGAACCUGUGCUGAAGGAUCAAGACACAGUUACUCUGACUGAUCUGAGAGCAGGAACUGAGUAUGAGAUCAAAUGUGCAGCGCUGGGGAAACUCAACUACACCGUAGACAGUGACGUGAUCAGAGUCAUCACAGAGAAAAGUACAAGGAACAACGCAGUUAUGGAUUCAUCCAGACGGAUUGUUCUUCUGGGUAAAACUGCUGUUGGGAAAAGUGCAUCUGGAAACACAAUACUGGGACGGAAAGUGUUCAGAUCUGCAUUGAGUACGAAUUCAGUAACCUGUGAAUGUUCAGAUGCUCACACCACUGUUUCAGGCAGAUCUGUGUCUGUAGUUGAUACUCCUCCAUUCUUUGAUACACAUAUGUUCUCUGUAGAGUUAAUGAUGAAAAUUGGGAGAAGUGUUUAUAUAUCCAGUCCUGGACCUCAUGCUUUUCUUAUUGUGUUUCCUGUGAAUGUGAGAUUUACUGAGGAGGAUCAGCAGAUUCCUCAGAUGAUGGAGGUGAUGUUUGGUGAAGAAGUGUUAAAAUACUCCAUCAUUCUCUUCACUCAUGAAGAUCAACUAGGUGGAGAGUCUGUAGAGAAACUCAUUGAGUGGAACAGUGAUUUAAGACAUCUAGUUGAUCAGUGUGGAGGCAGAUAUCACGUCUUCAACAAUAAAGAUCAGAGAUACAGAGAGCAGGUGAAUGAUCUACUGCAGAAGAUUGACACAAUGAUAGAGCAGAAUGGAGGAGGACACUACAGUACUGAGAUGUUUGAAGAUGCUCAGAGAUUCAGACGAGAGGAAGAAGAGAGUAGAAAGAGAGAGGAAGAAGAGAGGAGAUUGCGCUUUGUAUAGGACUGGAUAGGUAGUGUAAAUGUUGAAAUGAAGUAUUAUUUUAUGAAUUUUUAUCUAGAUUAGAAAUGUUCUGUUAUGUUAGUAUUGAAGAAUUUCUGUAAAAAUUGGUGUUUGGGGGGGCUGCAAUUGUGGUGAAGUGAAGAGCAUGUCCAGUGAUUCCACAUGAUGGAAACAUGUAGGAUGAACUAAACUGAAUUAAGUAAACUCUACUAAACUUAGAAGUGUCCAAAUUAAGUUCAUCCUACAUUUAAGUAUUUACUUGAGCUAACAUGUUUCUAUCAUGUGGAAUGACUGUCCAUGAUUUAAUCAAGUCAAAAGUUUUUUUUUUUUUUUUUUUGAGUGAAAUACUGUAAGCAAUGAGACAGAAGAGGAGAGAAAACAAGUGGAGAAAUUUUUUUUUUUUUUUUUUUUUUUUGUCAUACAGAUGAGUCCUGAGAAAUUACUGACAGAGACAUUGAGAAGUGUUUGUUUAUCCAAUCCAGGGCUGGAUUUCCCGAAACUUUCUUAACUCUACGUCAUUCUUAAAUUAUACCUUAAGCUGUACCUUAUCGUUAAUAUGUGUUUCCCGGAAUGUUCUUAGUUAAGUAUAACUUCUGUAAGUCAUUCGUUCGUAAGGUUGGUCUGGAGCACUCUUAGCUAUAACUUAUCACUGUUGACAAACUAUACGAAUAUAAUUCUGAAGUUGUAGUACACCCAGUGUUCAAUUAGGAUAAUGACAGAGAAUAAAAUGCAAAGAUCCGCUGCUAAAUUCAAAUGUGCUUUGGCACUGAUCCAGAGACAGACGCGCUCAGCGCUUGUUAUAUAUCACAACUAUUCAGUGUUUUCAACCACAUCAGGUUUAUUUUAGGUUAUUUUAGAUAUUUAAAUACACAUUUGAAUGAAGUACUAGCCUACAUAAAAAAGACAUUUAUAGUUUGUUAAAAUCAAAUUCCAUAUACGCUGAUGUCUAUGGAAGCUGCAAUAAUAACCCUUUCAAUUAUAUAAUUUGAUGAAGUGUUUUAUUCAUAUCAGAUAGGCCUACACAUUUUGUGUGAACCAAAGUUUACUCUAUUCUUCUCCCAGUUCACUGGCCACUUUUAUGUAUUUCAGGGAACAUGUCGUAAAUCCGACAGCUCUGAAUUGCAGUGCAAACUCAUCGCGAGACAAAACACAUUCACUUCCACAUAGUUAACAAGUCUGUGAAUAUUUUUAAUAAAAAAGGAAAAACCUUAUAAACACGAUACCUACAUAUCUGUCAGCUGCAUGACGCGUCUCCAAGGAAUUAAAACAUUCUAAAAUAAUGUUCUAAAAUAGAUCCAAUGAGUCCUGAAAAAUGCAAAUUCUACUUCUGUUUUUUUUUUUUUUUAUAUAAAGAACACUGAUUUCUCACAUAAUGCAGUGAAGCAGCCUCUGCAUAGAGUGAAUUAUCGAUUCUCGAGCCAUCGAUAUCAACAAAUUUAGAACCAGUGCCAUGGACAGUACCAGGUAACGCCACACUUAAGAAGAUAUACCUUAAGCAACCUCCUAAGGGAUAGUUCAGGGAACAUGCCUAGAAAAGGUAUAUCAUUAGUUAAGGUAUACCUUUAGAGUCUUCGUAGCGUGCCAAGACACAACAUUAUCGGGAAAUCCAGCCCUGGACCGCAUGCUUUUCUCAUGAGUAGAUCACUGAUUUAUUGAGCAGGAGCAGCAGAUUCCUCAGGCGAUUAAGAUGACGUUUGGUGAAAAAGUGUUAAUUAAAAUACUCCAUCAUUCUCUUCACUUGUGGAGAUCUGCUAGAAGGAGUCUGUAGAGGAACUCAUUGAGGAGAACAGUAGAUUAAGAGAUCUAUUGUGGAGGCAAAUAUCACAUCUUCAACAAUAAAGUUCAGAGCUUGAUAUGUACAUUUUCUGAAGAAAAUGUGAGUGGUGCUUGUGGUGGUAAACCUCAACACAACAGGCAGUUGCUACAGUUAUGUAUAUACUUUUAGACCAGGGAAACAUUAAAUGCGGUAUAAGCAAAACGAAGCAGCGCUACUCAUUUGAACUGUGCAGUUUUUAGUCUUUAUUAUGUCAUGUAAUCAGCAAGAAAUGCUUUCAUUUUAUGCCUUCAUAAUCGUCAUCCCUAUUUUUUUGUAAUUUUUAUUGGAGUGAGGUUUAUUGCUUUUUGUUAGAAAGGUAUUAAAAAAUUAUGUCUAACC